AUGUUUGGACAAAUACACAUAGUCGCAGCAUCCCACAUCGAUGAAAUCACUGGAGGAGGACCAACCAAAGAGAACAAAAACGAAAGAUUGAUGCAGCUUACGCGAGAUAUGGAGAAUUGCGAGAUGAAAUUGAACAAACUCGGCUAUCAGGCUGAUAUCAACUCAAGAAGCAACAUGAGUGUGCCAAGGAGGCACGAAACUCAAGAGAUCGGAGUAAAGAACCAGACUUUGCCAGCUGACUAGAUUUGUUGUUAAGAAGGGAAAGCUGGCCAACACUGAAUACGGGCGACUCAUAAGUGCAAGAUACAACAAAGAAAAGGAAUUUGGUAAGAGGCCCCGAUGGGGCAGAAAUGUGUCUACUUACCUUUCACACGGUUCAAACACGGUGAUAAAGGAACAUUCCGGGGAUCAUUCACGGCAAGGAAAUCCGACGGGAAGACCAAAGUGUAUAUUUUUUGACAGAGAUGGUCACACAAUCGAAAAAUGCUUUAAUUUUCAAGGAAAGCCCUAUGAAGAGCGAAAGAGGAUCGUAAACACGAGGAGACUGUUCAACCUUUGUCUCAGUAAGGGUCAUUUUGCCAGUAACUGCAAGAGGAGUCGUGGCAGUUUUGUUCCAGGAUGCGGAAAGCGCCAUCAUCCAAUGCUCCAUCCAGAAGAGACUACCAAGGACAGAAAGAAAGACGUGUCCGAAAACCAAAACGAAGAGAGAAAGCUAGGCUCACCCGCAUCUCCAACCGGAAAUGUUCAGAAUGAUCACUGCGGUGCCAUUUGA